CAUGUUGGGAACAUUAGAAGGUAACCAUCAGUACAACCAGAAGGACGGGAACAUCUAGGUACGGCAGCGGCGUGUCUAACACCUAACACCACCACCAUGGCUGACCCGGAAAAACAGCCCGAACAACCCAAGGCUAACCAGCAGGCAAAAUUGGUUAUCGCUACCAAAGUGACCGGGACUGUGAAGUGGUUCAACGUAAAGAGUGGCUAUGGGUUUAUCAACAGGAAUGACAUCAAGGAGGAUGUAUUUGUCCAUCAAUCAGCCAUCGUGAAGAACAACCCAAAGAAGGCUGUAAGGAGCGUGGGUGAUGGUGAAGUUGUGGAGUUUGACGUGGUGAUCGGUGAGAAGGGCCACGAAGCAGCGAAUGUCACUGGACCAGACGGCGAGCCCGUCAAAGGUUCACCAUAUGCUGCUGACAGGCGUCGUAAUUAUCGUGCCUGGUAUUACCGACAACGUGGGGCUCCCAGACCCCAGCGUAGAGCACCACGAGAAGGCCAACACGAAGACGAUCAAAUAUCUUCAGGUGAAGCUAAACAGACUGGUGAGGAGCCCCAGCAGAACGAGGGUGGUGGCCAAAGACGUUAUCGGCCACGAAGGCAAAAUUUCGAGGGUGGUUACUACCGUGGACGUAGAUCAGGCCCACCCCAGAAUCAGGGAGAGAACGGUGGUGAUGCUGGUGAUAAUCGGUAUGAGAAGGGUGAACAGGGUGGCGAAGGUGGUCAAGGAGGUGGUGCACCAGCACGUGGACGUGGACGUGGUGGAUCACGUGGACCACGACGUUUCUUCCGUGGUAAUAAUUUCCGCGGUGGAAGGGGCGGUGGUGGCAUGAGACAACGCAGAGAAGAAUUCAAUCAGCAGGAGAUGAAGUCAAGCGGAAUCUCGAUUACGAUUUCAACUAAAGAUCCGGAUGCAGUAGUCAGUGUCCCUGCUACUCAGGAGAGCCAGCCUGUGCAGAACACCACCACAGAGAGCACUGCUUAACAACAAUAACCGCUACUACCACGUAUCAACACUCCUCAAAAUAAAAAAAAAAUAAUAAAAAAAAAAAUCUAUAACACCAACACCCGUUAUACACUGAAGAAGCAGCGGCAUCUCAACAUCACGAACAAUAAGCAGCAGCAACAUUUCAAUAACAACCUAUAUAACAAUGAAAGAAUACGAAAAAUUUUAAAACAUAAAGAGAAACUUGAAAUACCAGCAAAAAAAACACUACUCAACACUCUCCCCACGAUAAUAAGCAAGUUAAAGCGUUUCAAGGUAUGUAACGAGUAACAGAAAAAAAAAACCAGAGGUGAUAAUCGAGUGGCGAACACAAUGGUAAUGUCUAAUUGCAUAAUCAUUAUCUGUGAAAAAAAAAAUCAAGAAAUACGUAGAAAAUAGGGUGCAGAAUAAAUUAUCAAGCAUCCAGAGAAAGUUUAAUGACAUCAAAUCAGUCCACUGAAAUCGAUCAAAUGACAUGGUAAAAUCGAAAGAAAUUCAACAGAGAAUAACAAAUAAUUUGUACUCGUUCUCGUUUAUUUUUCUCAAUUAACAAUUCGCGUUCUGUUGUGUUGAAAAAUUGCGUUUUUUUUUUUAUUCACUGUUUAUACCUGAAGAUACAAGUAAUUGGCACUUAAUCAAUCAUAUAAUGAAAAUUCGGAGAAUUCUCUUGCCAAAAGAAAUAGAAAAAUACAAUAAUUGAUGAAAGAAAUAGCGUUGUGUGCGGAAAAAUCAUUGUAACGAUAAAAAUAUAUAUUGCGCGACUCAAUUGUAUUUUUAAAAUUAUUUGUUGAUUGAUAUCAACCCAGUGACGACCCCUGGUGGGUCCCGCACCUGACGAAAUUAUUGGUUGGACUUAACGUGUUGUUUACCCGUUGGACAAUCACAAUAUUCAAUGAUAAAAUCAUGGACAAUUAGCAUGAUAAUAUCAUCACACAUUGCAUGCAGAGUUAUUAUUUCUUUGACAGUUGUUCGUCAUGCGAUAAACUGAUUCAUUUUGAGUUAAAAUGCCUCUGGGUGUCAUUGUGUAACUGUCUGCAGACUUGAUUGACUAUUCAAUCACGAUGUGUCAAGAGAGUAAUAUGUAUUGAAAAUUGAAUAUGAUAAAAGAGAAUGAGAGAAUUUAUACAUUUUUUUUUGCAUGGUGUAAUCUUUUUUUUUAACUUUAGUUUGUAGUAACCAUCACGAAAUAAAAUCUCAAAGCUUUUUUUUUUUGGAUAAUAAAUGUUGGCUAUUGAUUAUUCGAUGAAAAUCUUCAAAAUUCACCCUGACAAACGGCUUUUCUGUCUUGCUCUAGUUUAUUCAAAUUUAUUUUCUUUCGCAAAUUUACUGGUGAACAGAGAAUCAAGUUUCAGGGACCGCUGGAUCGGAAAUUUGAGAAAUUGAGGAUUUUUCGAGAAGGAACUCAUUGAAUUUAUAGGAAAUAUUUGGAAAAAUUGAAGUUUAUUUGGGUUAUAUCGAAUUUCAUUCAUUUAUUGAAUUGAAAUUGAUAUUUUCACCGGAUUUUCAGGGAAUUUUUAUGAGAAUUCGGGAAAAUUCUGAAUAAUUCUUCAAAUUCCUGAAAUUUUCGGGGAAUAAUUUGAGGAAAAUUUUGCUUUCAUUGAUGUUUCCCAAGAAAAUCAAUUUUCAGUAGUAAAAUUCAGAAAAUUGGGGAUUUUACAAAAAGGAAACAAUGAGUUCAUUGAAUUUACACGAAAUAUUUGGAAAAAUUGAAGAGUUUAUUCGAUUUAUAUCAAUUUUCCUUCAUUAAUUGAACUGAAAUUGAUAUUUUCAACGGAUUUUCCGGGAAUUUUCAUGAAAAUUCCGAAAAUUCUUCCAAUUCGUGAAAUUUGUGGGGGAAAAUCGAAGUAAAAUUUCGCUUUCACCUUCCAAAUUAUCCAAAAACGUCAAUUUUUAGUCGUUAAAAUUCCUAGAAAAUCUCUGGGAAAAUGAUGCCAUGAAAAUUUCCAAACUCGUUCCUGAAAUUUUAUCACCAAAACCUUUAAACGCUGUAUUUGAACAUUAAACUUUACGAAGGAAGACAUGUGGAUGCAUAAUACCCAGAAUAGCAGAUGCGAGAAUGAUUGAACAUUAAGUUGUGACUCGCGAUUACGUUACAUCAAUGAUUGACGAUUUUUAACGUAAUUUUUUUAUAUUUCCAUGAUAAUCUCCCGAUGAGCACAAGUUUGUUGAUCAAGUAUUUACCAUAAAAUCGCUCAGGUACACGGAGAAAGUGAUAAACCCAAUCAAUUCGAUGAUUAACAUAAUCGCGCGGUCCAACACGAUGCACCGUAGAAGAGAAACCAUUAAUAAUUACGAAGUAAACAUUAAAGAAUUUAAAAAAUCAAGUAAUCAGGCUUGCAUGAGAGUGUUUAAGGGACAAACUUUAAUGAAAAAGUUGUAAUACUGACUGCAAAAAAGUACAAUGCAUGUGUUGACUGAAAUCAAACGCUAUGAGGAAUAUCACGUGCGAUAAAAAUUGACAGAAAAACCUAACGAAUUAUCAAAAAAAAAUUAUAUUUCCCUCAAAGUUGUCUGAUGAUCUUAAGACAUUGACAUCAUCAACAUUAAUUAUCUACUAAUUUUCCCCUCACAAAUGGCAAAAUAUUCUAAAAAAAAAAAAAAUCAGUAAAAUCUGAUUUUUCAACCAAAUUUUCUUGAAAUUUCUCGUACAAAUGUUCGCCUCAAUUUUUACGUUACAUCAUUUUAACUAAAAAAAUCCCAUAAAAUUGUUUUUAAAAAUUUGCAAGGUUUUUCCCCGAUUUUUUCGCGCGUGAUAAUAUCGAUAAAAAAUAAAUCAGAGUAUUGAACCAUCGAUUUGAUAACAGCCAGUCUCUAUGUCCAGCGUGUGGUAUUCGCGGAUGAGCGCGUGAACAAGUUUUUUUAAAAAAUAAAAGAGAGGCUGGAGGAUGACGAAAUUCUUUAAAAAACCGGUGAUGCUGGGGGAGGGGCAGAAGGAGGGGAAUUUAAUUGCGAGACGCGAAACACGCCGCUUUGUUUUUGUACCACGUAUGGAGAUCUAGUGUUGAAAUGAGUCUCGGGAUUUAUCGCGUGAUAAACUCCUGCCUCUCUUUUUCAUCAAUGGAAUGCUGAUUAUUUCAAAGAUUUUUUUGUAUCAAAUUCAUUGGAAUGAAAAAAACAAAACCAAAAUUACAAAAAUGAGCGAAUUGCGGUUUUUACGAAAUUUAAUAGCUCGGAUGAAAAACGCACGAUCAGUCCUCUCUAAAUUCCAUUUAGAAUUUCGUUACUGAUAUUUAAUAAAGAUGAGAUAGAUCAUGUUGAAAAAUAUUGAAAUUUUCAAACAGUCAAUUAGAUCUGAAUUAAUAUCUCGCAUUAUGUACAUGCCGAGGGGUUGGAUAAAAGGGUGGGAAGGGGAGGAAGGAGGGGGAUGAAUGGUAAUUAGUUUGGCAUUCACCGAAUUCUUCCUUUUUAUGGAAAUCAAUUUCGUGGGCUCUGUGAUGGCCCAAACACUUGGAUUAACCGAUAUAAUUAAAAUGCGUUGAACGUGGCAGUAAUUGUUUUGAUGGAGUGAUGAAACCACGUCGACUGCCCAGUGAAUUUUGUACCGAAACAUUGAAAAGCGCUAAAUGAUAAUUUUCAUAAAUGGAAUUUAAUUUUUUCACGAAACAUGUGCAUUAUAAAAAAUAAAUUGAACAAAAAAAAUCGUAAAAGUCAUGAAACUGUA